CAAUUACUCCUUCACUAGCAACAUCACAUAAAGUCACAAAAAAACCAAAAGAAAAUCAUCAACAAUGGCAGGAAUCAUCAACAAGAUCGGAGAGACUCUUCACCUUGGAGGAGGACACAAGAAAGAAGACGAACACAAAGGAGACAAGAGUCACGACGACAAGCACAAAGGUGAGCACAAGGAAGGUUUGGUUGAGAAGAUCAAGGACAAGAUCCAUGGUGAUGAACACAAAGGUGAGAAGAGUCACGAUGAUAAGCACAAAGGGGAACACAAAGGGGAACACAAAGGUGAGCACAAGGAAGGUGUAGUUGAGAAGAUUAAGGACAAGAUCCAUGGUGGAAGUGAUGAGCAUGGACACAAAGGUGAGAAGAAGGACAAGAAGAAGAAGGAUAAGAAGAAGAAGGAACAUGGACAUGAUCAUGAUAGUAGCAGUAGCAGUGACAGUGAUUAGAUUAGAUCUAAUGUUGUUUGUUUCUCUCUUUCUAUGUUCUUUAAGAGGUGUAGUAUACCUUAUGGUGGGGAGUCAUUGAUAAUAAGUUAGAGAGAGAGAGAGAGAGAAAUUUGUGUGUAUUUCUGUUUUUUUUGUUAUUGACUUAUUAUGUGCUAAUUGCGAGAAAAGCUUACAGCUUUUAGUUUGGCUUGGAUGUAGAUUGGCAUAUAUGAGAAUAAAUAUGUUGAUUAUUAA